GCUUAUUUCCGGUUUAAAUGAAAACAAACUUUCCCCUCCAGUAAGGUCACUUCUUCAGGUUAUUGUCUGUGUUUGUUUUGAUGGGAACUCGUGUAAUGAACGAGUUUGCGCACGAUCCUUCUAAAAAGAGAGAAGACAGCGGUGAAAAUAUUCGUCAAAAACGAGAUAUAGAUGAAGAUUUAGAUCCGUACCCUACUAAUGUCUCACCACCCCAGUCGCAACCACCCGAUCAGUUACAGAAGUUAGCAGGUCUAAGUGUGGGAUUUUGUUCAAUAUUUGCAGAGCAGUUAUUAUCCCAUCCAUGUAUAGUAUUGAGAAGACAAUGCCAGGUUCACCAUUCUGGCUAUUGGUACCACCUUACUCCAAUAUCUCUACUGCAGACUGUCAUCAAUGUACAGAAGACACAGGGUGGCCUGGUAUUGUGGAAAGGUCUUGGAGGAAUGUACAUAGUUCGUGGCAUAAGUAUGGUAUCAGAGACAGUCAUUAGCGAAGUCACAUCCUUACCCAGAGAAGCCUUGCGACAUAGUUCACUGAAAAAGUUGGGUGGCCAUAUUUUACUAAAGGGACUCGUAUUUGCUGUAAUGACACCAUUCUAUGCUGCUAGUCUGGUUGAAACUAUUCAGAGUGAUAUAGCCAGUGAGCGUCCUGGUGUGUUUGAUAUACUGUUAGAAGCAGCAUCUAGGGUUCAUACCUGGGGAGCACCACCAACAUCUCGACAGAUUGCUCUGUGGCACCUGGCACUGCCUACAGUUAUCUUCAGAUUGUCUCAUUAUAUAGUCAACUCUAUAGCUCAGUUCACUGUGACCUCUGCAAUGCAUCUGGAACAGCAGGAAAUAAGGGAACAACCAGGGGAAGUUGGCAGAGAACCUAGUGCUUAUGAAACCUAUUUCCCUGAUUUGCUGGCCACAUUUACUGGAGGAUUGUUGGCAGAUAUGAUAACUUAUCCUUUGGAGACAGUCCUGCACCGCCUCUAUGUGCAGGGCACUAGGACUAUAAUUGAUAACACUGAUACUGGGCUAGAUGUCAUACCAAUAAACACACGCUACGAAGGCUUUCUUGACUGCUUCACAUCGAUUGUCUCAGAGGAAGGGCUGCAAGGCUUAUAUCGUGGAUUUGGAGCUUUAGUCAUUCAGUAUUCAAUUCAUGCUCUCAUACUAAGAUUAGCCAAGUUUGUUUUUGAGAAACUGUCCCUAGAGUUGAAUAGACGAAAACCAAACCCUAGCAGACAUUUACGCCCCUGAAAAAAGUAAACUUAAUGCUCUAAUCAGAAUCAGUCAUUGUAUGAAAAAGCUAAUAUUUAAGCAACCCAUUAUUACUAGUUGGGAAAAAAAGUCAUUACUCUUUGGUUGCCUUAAAUAUGUAUUACCUUCUCACUUCCUUGCGUCAUUCAUUCCUUGCAAGCAAAGAAGAAAUAUGAUCUGUUCAAGGUUUAGUCACUUUUAAGGGACUCCCAAUGCAAGUCUAUUUAGAAAUAUCCUUUAUUUAUUUCAGGAAGUCCUUAUAGUUCUAGUUAAAAACAAUUUAAAUAGCAAGUGGCUGAUACAUUUAUCAGUUUGUAAACAUUUACAGAAUAAAAAUAUGUAUGUCAAACAAUCUUAUUUUUCCUGUUUUUUUCAAGACUUGUUGGUUACAUUUUUGAUAUAAUUCUUGAAAUAGUUAAACACCAAGUUAAGAAUGAAAAGUUGUUAGAAGUUCAUUGUUCUUGUGACAUUUUGUUUGGUUCUUGUUUCUAUAGAUCUAGACAUUGAGCAACAAAACUCGGCUGACUGUUUACUUUUGAGCCGCUACAGAAUUUUACAGAAUAAGCGUUGUUCUUGGAUUUUGUUGUGUUUUUUGUUUAAAAAUCCUAGAAUUGAACUUGACACAUUUUGACAGCAUAUUCUUACAGGAGGAAAACAAUUUAGCCUGUGGUGUAAGUCCUUGGUGGUGCCAUUGUCUCAUGAUCAUUUCAUUCCAGAAGUUGUUGAAUGUAAGAGUAAAUAUGUUUGGGUUGGGCCAGUUUUUGGCUUUGGAAUUUUAUUAUUAUUUUUUUUAAAGCCUGUGUUAAUGAAGCCAAUAGAUGUGUCUGUUUUACUUAGCACUGUGUAGUAGAUGGGAAACUAAUCACUUUCUGGAUUAGUCAUCAACAUUCAGCUUUUAGCAUUCAUUUGUAUAUGUAUGUAAUAGUUUUAAAAACUAGAACUCUAGUUUUAACAGAGAACUUUGUAGCAGAUUGGAAACUAAUUACUUUCUCUCUGGAUUAGUUAUCAACAUUUAGCUUUUAGCAUUGAUUGGUAUAUGUAUGUGAUAGUUUUACAAAUGAUGUCAUGAUAUUAUGGACAUACUGUAGUUGUGUGGGUGGUUUGGGAUGUAGUACUGCAGUUUGCAUUCUAGGAGCCUUUAGUUUGAUCAGGCUCAUAUCAUGAUGAAAUAGUCACUAAUAUUGGGCUCAAUGUUAGAUCAUGGAUUGGGUUGCUUCAUCCAAUUAAUUAGCAGUGUAAGGGUCUCUAAUUAAUGUGUGCAACUAGAUUAACACCAGGACAUGGUUUGACAAGGAAUUAAUAAUGUCUUGUGAAGUAACGUCUGUAAUUUAUUAGAUAAGAAGAUAUGAGAUCUAUUUAUUUCUGAUCAUGUAGAGACCUAUUUUCUUGUGUCUACCAACCAAUUCUUAAUAAUUCUUGAAUUUUAAUAUAGAAGACCAUGAGGUCAAACGUAUUAAUGAUUUAUUUCCCUUGUAUGUUAUAUAGUCAUUGCUGUUGAUAUUUUUGUGCAUGUUUCAUCUUUCAUUAGAUAUUUAUUUGGUCUUUUUCCUUUUUAAUUAACCCUGUAAUUUAUGUGCAAUCAUUUUCAAUGUUGAUUGGUUCUCAUUGUUGCUCGUUAGGUAUUUUUAAAUAAAUAUUUUCAGAGCUUUCACUGUAUAUUAUUUAAGUCUGGUAUGUAACACUGGAAUCAUACUGUACAAUUGUAAUAAAUACCAAAUGAAAUG